AUGGAACAAAGUGAUUUUACUGACACAGACAAUAAAAACUGUGAAAACAUAGAAUAAGAAUCUUAAUAAUUAGUUAAUCUUCCUCCUCCACCACCUCCUCCUUAAAUUAAUUUAGAUUCAAUUAAACUAAGUACAACAGAUGAAUAUAUAUAAAAAAGGCUUAAGAAUAUGCAAUUAUUUGAAGGGAAACAAUCGGAUGAACUUUCAUCAAAGAUACAAAAAAUAGAAGAUAUUGAUGAAAGAGCAAAAGCAGAUGGCGAAGGAACUGGAGAAGGCUUGAAAGAAGAUAUAGAAGGUAAAAUUUAAUGCGAAAGAUGUGAACAUUAUUUUACUCAAGAAGAAAUGAAGUCUCAUAAAAUAUAGCAUUCAUCCCAAAUUUUAGAUUUUCUAUACUUAGGCUCAAGCUAUAAUAGUAACAAUUAUAAAGAGCUAAAAGUGAGAACGAAAAUCAGCUACAUUCUUAACGUAGCUUCAGAGUUGUCUAAUGUUUAUCCUGAAGACUUUACUUACUUAAAGUUAGAUAUAGAUGAUAUAAUAACUCAAAAAAUAUAUGGUCAUUUUUAGGAAUGCAUUGAUUUUAUAGAAAAAGCACGCUCUGAAGGAAAAAAUAUUUUGGUUCAUUGCAUUUAAGGGAUAAGCAGGAGUGCUUCGGUAGUAAUUGCUUACUUAAUGUACAAAGGAAUGACACUGAAAGAAAGCUAUGAUUUUGUAAAAGAAAGGAGAUCAGUUAUAAAACCAAAUCCUUCAUUUGUAAGGGAUCUUUUAGCAUAUGAAUUAGAACUUUAUUAAAAAAAUUCAUGCACAGGCGAAUACAUUAACAAAUUAUAUAAAUUUUUAGUAUUUGACUGA